AUUUCUAUAAAAAGCCAACGCUCCCAACUGUGAAAACAUCACAACUUCCAGUUGACUACAGAGUUAACCAGGCCAACCACUGCAAUGAUGACCAAAAUCACUCUACUUUGCCUUUUUGGCAUGCUGUGUAUCCAGCUUUCAACUCAGUCAACAAAUCCAAUCUGUAGCCUAGCCCCAGAUGCUGGGCCUUGUAGGGCUAGGGAACCAAGAUACCAUUUCAACAGUGUUACAGGAUUCUGUGAGAUUUUCUACUAUGGAGGAUGUGAUGGCAAUGACAACAAUUUUGAAACUCUUGACGCUUGCACAGCCUUGUGCGGUGGUACAACUCCCCCAGCCAGAAAAUAAACAUCAACACAACAACAAAAAAACACAGAGUGAAAAGAUAACAUUAUGUCCUGCAAACAUUUUUGGCUUUAGAAAUAAAUAAAUAUACUUAAAAAUUGAUAAA